CCUUACUGUCCCCUUCUUCUCCCAGACAGACCCUGCCCUUUCCUUUCUGUCGCCCUGUCUGUGGAUUCUGUUGUAGAGGAUUUGGACACUGACAAUGGGAAGCGUUCUCUACGAUCUGCAAUGCUGACACUUCAGCCCCUGCUGCUGGGAAUUCAUGUUAAGUGGUCCCAGUGCCUGAUUUGAAUGUCUGUCAUUAUGGCGAAGCGUGAGACCGGCAGCACCAGCCCUGUGGUGAGGCAGAUUGACAAGCAGUUCCUCGUCUGCAGCAUCUGUUUGGACCAUUAUCACAACCCCAAGGUUCUGCCUUGCCUGCACACCUUCUGUGAGAAGUGUCUACAGAACUACAUCCCUCCACAGUCUUUGACGCUGUCCUGUCCAGUAUGCCGACAGACGUCCAUCUUGCCCGAGAAGGGUGUGGCAGCCCUGCAGAACAACUUCUUCAUCACAAACCUAAUGGAAGUGUUACAGCGAGACCCGGAGUGCAGCCGACCAGAGGCGUGCAAUGUCCUCGAGUCGGCCAAUGCAGCUACGACCUGUCAGUCUCUUUCUUGCCCCAACCAUGAGGGCAAGGUGAUGGAGUUUUACUGCGAGUCAUGUGAGACAGCCAUGUGUCUGGAGUGUACAGAGGGCGAACACAGGGAACAUGUGACAGUUCCUCUGAGAGAUGUGCUGGAACAGCACAAGUCAGCUCUCAAAAAUCAGCUGGACGCUGUGCGUAACAGACUGCCUCAGCUGACGGGUGCCAUCGAGCUGGUGAAUGAGAUCUCCAAGCAGCUCACGGAGAGGAAAAAUGAGGCGGUGACUGAAAUCAGUAAUACGUUUGAUGAGCUGGAGAAGGCCUUACACCAACGAAAGACUGCCCUCAUUACUGAAGUGGAAAACAUCUGCAGCACCAAGCAGAAGGUGCUUCAAGCCCAGCUGACAACUUUACUUCAGGGCAAAGAGAACAUUCAAAGCAGCUGCAACUUCACAGAGCACGCCCUGAGCCACGGCAGUGCCACUGAGGUCCUGCUGGUCCAGAAACAAAUGGGGGAACGAGUCAGUGCUCUGGCGCGACACACCUUCCCCGAACAUCCCCACGAAAACGGACAUCUGGAGUGCCAGGUAGAGACGGACGGCCUGAGGCGCUCCAUCCAGAACCUGGGAGUCCUGAUCACGACGGGGGCUGUAGGCCACACUAGUGUCGCCACCGGCGAAGGCCUGCGACACGCGCUGGUCGGCCAGCACACCACCAUCACAGUCACGACUAAAGACAAGGACGGAGAACUGGUGAAAACCGGUAACGCUGCUCUCAGGGCAGAGAUCGUCUCUGCGGACGGAGCGUGCAGCGAGGCCGAGGUGGUGGACAACAAGAACGGCACCUACGAGGUUGGAUAUACCAUCCGCUCCGAGGGGGAGUUCACCUUCUCCCUGCUGCUGUACGAGCAGCCCGUGAGGGGGAGCCCGUAUCGUUUGCGCGCCGUCAAGCCGUCGGAUGUGCUGCAGUCGCCAGACGACGUGAAAAGAAGAGUCAAGUCUCCAAGUGGAGGAGGGGGACAUGUUCGACAGAAGGCCGUUCGCAGGCCCUCCAGCAUGUACAGCACCACCAAGAAGAAGGAAAACCCGAUAGAGGAUGAGCUGAUCUAUAGAGUUGGAACAAGAGGGCGAGAUAAAGGAGAAUUCACCAACCUUCAAGGCAUUUCAACCUCCAGUAAUGGGCGGAUUGUGGUGGCAGACAGCAACAACCAGUGUAUACAGGUAUUCUCUAACGACGGCCAGUUUAAAAUGAGGUUUGGGGUAAGGGGUCGUUCACCAGGGCAGCUGCAGCGCCCCACGGGGGUCACAGUGGACAUGAAUGGGGACAUAAUUGUAGCAGAUUACGACAAUAGAUGGAUUAGCAUCUUCUCCUCGGAUGGAAAGUUCAAGAGUAAAAUUGGUGCUGGAAGGUUGAUGGGACCCAAAGGUGUAGCCGUGGACAAGAAUGGACAUAUCAUCACGGUGGACAACAAGGCCUGCUGCGUCUUCAUCUUCCAAUCAAAUGGGAAGUUGGUGACGAAGUUCGGUGCCAGAGGAACAUCUGACAGACACUUUGCAGAGAAAAGUGGUGCAAACAUUGCACUGGAAACAAAGCUUAGUAAAUCUGGCCCUGUUUUCAGUCCCCACUUUGUGGCUGUAAAUAAUAAAAAUGAGAUUGUGGUGACGGACUUCCAUAACCAUUCAGUCAAGGUGUACAAUGCAGAUGGGGAGUUCCUGUUUAAAUUCGGCUCCCACGGCGAGGGGAAUGGCCAGUUCAACGCCCCGACAGGUGUGGCUGUGGAUGCCAAUGGAAAUAUCAUUGUUGCCGACUGGGGCAACAGCCGGAUCCAGGUGUUCGACAGCUCAGGGUCCUUCCUCUCGUACAUCAACACGUCGGCCGACCCCCUCUACGGCCCCCAGGGUCUGGCCCUCACGUCCGACGGUCACGUGGCGGUGGCAGACUCCGGGAACCACUGCUUCAAGGUUUACCGCUACCUGCAGUAGACACCCGAGAGGCGGCCGCCUUCACCAACCGCAAGCACUGACGACACAACAAAUGUAUUCCACAGGGUGCAAUGAUCAAUCCAGUACAGCCUUUCGAUGAACACAUCAGCUGUUUUCCCAUAUAUAGUUAAGUGUCACCUCUUAAUGGCGUGUGUUGAAGGCGGAUUUCGGAGACGAGCGAUGUAGCAUUACCGGGACGAGAAAUGCAAAAAGCCGCGGACUGGUUGUAGAGAAAGUGCAAAAAACCUUUUUGUGUGUUGUUCUCUGUGGAUGGUGUUAUUAAACAACACUUAAUUUGAGACCAGACUGGAGAUAGAUUGAAGUAUUUAAUCAGCCAUAACUUGUCCAGAUGCAUGACGUUUCUUUUAUCUCAGAGCCUAGGCAGCGACAACAGUGUACCCAUCCCUUGCUUUUCUCAUGAGCUAGUUAACGCUUACAGUGAAAUGAACAGUGCUACGCUUCUCCAGCAAUGAAAUGUAAAAUUUCUCACUUACUGACAUCUCGCAUAAGAAUGUCGCCACCAUCUGUGCAUUGAUUUGCUGUAUGUACUGUAUAUAUACAUAAAUGUAUAUUGUGUAUAUUAGAUCACACCAUAUGUAUGUGCUAUGAUUUUGAAAAACACACAAGCUUUUUGGCUACCCAGAGCGCAGCAGUCAAGGAUCCCAGGAUUUUAAACGUGUGUGUGUGUGUAUGGCAGCUCUUAUGCUUUUGACACACACAGAGCACAUGCUUAAAAAAAAAAAAAAAAAAUUGAGAAGAGUGUCAUAUUUAUUGCUAACGUUAGCAGCACAAUAAUCAGUUUUGUUAAUAUUAUGUUAUUUUAAAGUGGUAAGAAAACAUGUAAAAUGCUAAUUUAUUUUAUUUUAUACAAGCUCAGCAUUUACAGAUUAUUUUUCUAAAUUUGUGCUUUUUUUUUUCCUCCCCCCACUUUCUCUUUAAAGCAGAAUUCAGUAUCCGUCCACAUCUGGAAAAAACGUGUGAUCAGUGUUUGCGCACUUGGGCAGCUCUUUUCCAAAGCUACAGCACCAUUUUUGUUUUCAACAAAAAAACAAACAAAAAAAAGUUUUCUAGAGUUUUUUUUUUUUUCCUCCGAAUCAAUGUUAGACGUAAGGUUUGAAUUUCCACAAGGUUUUGCCUUUAACUUUCCUAUAAAAAGCUUUAUUCUUUGAAGUGCUACCGCCUAGACUGGAUACAAAACCCAUAACUCAGGAAAUCCAUCCAAUUUGGUCACAGCAUCAGUUGCAAAAACAUUUUUUUAUUUGACGGUAUCAUAGAAACAGCAGCUGGACAGUCACACUGAGAGCUUUGUGAGGAAAACUGUUAAUUUGUGCAGAGGUAGAGGCUGGAUCUGAAAUCACUGGGAUGGAGUAUGAAUUCUGUUUUACAAUCUUUGUUAUUUUAUUAGCUUUCACACAAGAAUCCAUUACCGAUAUGUUACUGUAAAUGACCAUUUGUUACAUUGGCUAGCGAACACAUCCACAUUUAAGAAUUCACUGACAAUUACAGUUGUGCACUAUCUAUCUGGUAGGUCUGAGUUUCUGCCUGCAGUACAUAAAGCCAUGACCCCACAGGGGAAGACUCCUGUACUAGUAGAGAUGUUGCUGCUCUUGCUCCCCCUCGUGUUCAUUUUGUGUAAUGGCAUAAGAAAACACCGUGCCACAGCAGGCGCUGCAAAGACAAGCUCCUGGUCAGACUUAAUUACCCACAACACUGUGCUUAACACCCGAUUUCUUAACUACAGGAUAUGACUCCAAAUUUUGCCAGUUAAGUCGACCAUGGGGCUUCUCCUUUUCACGCACCUGAUCUGCUGUUUGAUUUGUUGCCAAACGGGAGCGCAGACCUCUUCAGAGAGUCAGAUGCUCACCUUUUAGAGAUGUGUCUAAAGCAUUUUACCCUACACAAUUUUGUUUUCUCUAUGAAUAUGCACUGGUAAUAAAAGCACAUGGUUUA